UACAAACCUCCCAGGGUGCACCAUCGCGCCGUGAGAUCAUUACGGUGGACACGCCCGCCUCGAGGACAAGACUCCGUGCCGUCUCAUGUGCUCUCCUCCUGGCCGGCUGCUGGCUGCUGGCUGCUGGCUGCUGGCUGUGGGCUGUUCGCCCGACGUUGUUUCGUCUGGAGAGAGCGGCAAAGCAGACACAGGCAGGAGGGUAGCGAGCGCGCAAGCGGACGUGCGAGAUAGUACUUAGGCCACAUGCUCUUCCUGCUCGACCACUCAACCCGACCGCCCGACCCUUCCCCGACUGCUCCCAUCGUUCUUGUUAUGAUUAUUGUUUGCAUGCCCGGCCCGGCAGGCGACACCCAGCGAGGCCUCGAGCACAUCACAUAACUCGUCGCACAAACACAUCUGUACACACACAUACAACGCCAUCGCGCUCCUUGCCUCUCUGCUUGCACCUGUUCAUCUCUAUAUGCCUGGCUCGCCAUAGCGUGGCGUGGUCUGGCCCAAGUGCCUGCUUGAUCUUGUGCCUACCUCGGACGGACGCGCAGUCGACUCAGGCCUGGCGGCGGUUACUUGUGGUAGGCAGCUACCGCGUAGAGACGGCUGGCUUCUGUGCUCCUCGACACCACCCUGGAGUUGACUCAUCGACUCGGGCCGGCUGCUUUCGAUACUCAUCGGCGCGCUGCCUUGGCAGACCGACUUUUGGGUCCAGCACCCAAAACCCUCCCCCCUCCCCCCCCGCCUUGUUCGGGUUACGGAGUAGUCUGCGACAGCUCACACAUUUCGGAUUUCUGCCCUUCCUGUUGGUUUUCUUUGGGUGUCGCAAAGAAACAGAAAACCCGUUUCCCGUCGCCGUCGCCCUCGCUGUCAACACUUCGUCACUAUCUGGCCCGGGCGAGGGUACCCAUAUCCGAUCCGAUUCGCGAUGUUGAGCACACUGUUUAGUGGCGGCGCUAGCGAAGCCAAUACGACUGCGACUGGGGCUGGGGGCCCAAGUACAGGUACAGGCACAGGCUCCAGUGCCAGCCUCGCGAGUGCCGCUGCCGAGGCCCCGCAAAGGCGCAGCACAGGCAUCACGUCGAACCCAACCUGGCCCAAGCUGAACCUGGACGGGGCGUCACCCCAGUCCCUGUCGGGCCCAGGUCUAGGUUCGGGCUCGGGCUCAGGCUCAGAUUCAACUCGCCCUGCAUGCCCAGUUCCUGGACACACUGCACCACCGACACCUGCACCCACGGCCGCGACCACGGUUGCUGCGACUGCGACUGCAGGGCCGCCCCCAAGCGAUAACAAUUUCUCUGGUUAUCGUGCAUCGUCUACACUUUCGCCCGCUCCUGCUGCCACUCAUCCCACCACCGACUUACCAUCCACCACAACAACCUUCGCUGCUGCCGCUGCCGCUGCCGCCGCCGCUGCUGUGGCAUUGCCUGUUUCUGCGCCGCCUGCGUCCGCGUCCGCGUUUGCACCCACGUCUGCAUCCACUCUCGCCAACAACGAUCACCACCACCGCCGCCGACGCCACGACGCCUUUGAAUCCCAUUCGCCCCCAGCAAACUGCUUCAACCAGCCGGACUGUUUGUCUUCUGCCUCGCCCUCCCCACAGCCUGCCACUCCGAGAUCGCCUUUCCCGAGUCGCGCACACCAGCACGCGCACGCCUCCAAGCCGCUUGGUAUUUCCCACACACCCCCUGGUCGCGACCACGCCUCCUGGUCGCCCGGCGGACCAUCCCGCUCGCAACUGACCAAGAGCCUUCUGAUCGACCCAGCGCCCGUCGUGAGGCUUGCCGACGGCGACGGCGACAUCGACCUCAACGACUUCGAAUUCGACGACUUUCUCGAGUCUUCCGGGCCUCCCGCGCCUUCCAGGCCACCCCCCACUGAUUCCGCCACCAUGACAACCGGCCCUUUCGACUCGGCCAUGGGCCGCAGUCGACAGGACUCCUUCGUCGGCGCAAAGCCCAUCUCCAUGAACAUACAGAACCCCAACCGUGACCAGGGCAGCCGUCCCAGGCGAGAGUCGCUCGCUGGUAGCCUCAUGGCCGGCAGCCUCAUGGGCGGCAUGAGCUGGGGAGGAAUAUCCGUCGGCAGCUUCAUCCGGGACGAGGUCCUGACGGGCACUUCACCGUUCGUCACCUUUGGGCAGUCGCCCUCACUCCAGUCGACGUCCUACCUCCCCAAGCUUGAACAGAAUUUUAUGAGGGACUUCAGGUGCUGCGAUCGGACAUGGCCCACCCUGCACGACCUCCUGCAGCAUUACGAAGAGAACCACCAUGGCAACCCGAGCAUGCAGAUGAGCAGCCCUCCCGGCGCCAGCAUCAAUAAGCAGGGACUGUUCCCCAUGCAGGGUAGCUCUCGGCAGCCCAGCAGCCGUCCUGUCCAUCCCAACACGUCCAUGCCCGCUGGUCAAAAUGGUCUGUCAGGAAUGGGGAUGCAGAUGCCAGGGCAGAUGGGCCAGCAAAAUCGACAAUAUAAUGGCAUGUCAGGCACGAGCCUGAACAUGGGCGGCAUAUCCUCCAUGAUGCAACAGCAGCGGUCUACUCCAGGGACACCCAGCCAGAGUCAAAUGUCCUUGAACGACGAGAUGGACGCCGUCGGAGACAUGGAGAUGGAUGAGAUGAUGGACGUUGACAACAGCCAAAGCACCAUGCAACAGACACGCCAGAUGUUUGGCCAGCAGCAGAGGCCACAGCUGCACCUGAACAGCUCCGGCCUCGGGGGGUUUGGCCAGCAGGGCCUUCGCACGUCCACGCCCACAACCCCAGCAGCCGCGGGCUUUGGGUUCCAAAACAAUCCGACAGUAUCCUCGGUCAAUACGCCCACGCUGGGCACACAGCCUUUCCGUGGCCAGUUCCAGCAAGAUACCUCGAGUAUCGACACCCCGACUGCCGACUUGAUGGAUGACGACAUGUCCGGACUGCCUAAGAUGAGCCUGGGCAACCUCAACUUCAACGGACUUGGCGGUCUGAACGGGAUGAACUCGUCACAAUUUGGCGGCAUGAACUUUGGGAACGGAAACGGCAAUAACAUGAACUUCGGGACCAUUUCUGACCCUGGCAAACAGCUCUUCAGCCCUGGCGGCGGUUCUUUGACCCCCGAGCAGCAGAAUAUGCAGCAGCAGUUUGCGCAGUUCGGCAUCGAUGUCAGCACGUUGCCCCCAGGGACAGAUCCGGCGACUCUGUUGCAACAGUUGGCCCCCCUAGCCAUCCAGGAGGAGCACAAGCCGUUCAAGUGUCCGGUCAUCGGAUGCGAAAAGGCCUACAAGAACCAGAAUGGACUCAAGUACCACAAGACACAUGGCCACUCCACGCAGCAGUUGCAUGAGAACGGCGACGGUACAUUUUCGAUCGUCAACCCGGAAACCAGCGCCCCCUAUCCCGGAACCUUGGGCAUGGAAAAGGAGAAACCGUUCAAGUGUGAUGUCUGCGGGAAACGCUACAAGAACCUGAACGGGCUGAAAUACCACAAGGCCCAUUCGCCCCCUUGCGACCCGGACGUGGUGGCGAGGCAGCAGAACGCCAUGGCCACACUUGCGGCCCUCAGCACCGGCAACCCAAUGGCUAUGAACCUUGCCAAUAUCGCUAACCUCGGCCAUGGCCUUCCCAACAUCGGGGAGGAGCAGCCUCAAUGAGAUGGGGCCGACCACGAGUCGGAAAGCAGCCAGGGAGAGCCUGACGAGGGGCCUGUGGCAUCUUUGGAGCUUCAGGAUCAAUCCAACCCCUCGUCGCGCCACAAAUGCAACCUGAUGGAUCCCACGACUGGCGAGCCCUGCACUGCGGACUUUUCCAGGGCAGGUCACCUGCGGCGUCAUCAAGAAACCAUCCAUCACAUUGCUACCGCUACGUUCCGCUGUGAUGUCUGUGACAAGGAACGGGUCUUCAACCGGCUCGACACUUUGCAGAGACAUUAUCGGCAGGUUCACCCUGGCUUGGAGUCACCUCACGGACGGCGUGCGACCGGCUAAGAAGCCCGGUCUUGCUCUCCAGAGAUGAGCACGCCCUGAUUCCACAAGCACUCGUGUGUCUCUCCCUGUCGACCUCAUCUCUGGACCUCUUACCCACUCCUCUCAACCCUCGCCUUAUCGAUUUCUUUGAAAACUGGAGAGGCAGUCAUUUCAGCAUCUGGACAGGCGUUGCUUCGAUCUAGACUUUCAGGGUUGCCCUCUCCAAUAUACCCCAAAAUACCCGGAGACUUAGACUGCAGAUUCUACUUCAUGACCUGGUCUCUUGGUUAUUGUUGUUUUUACUUCGACGACUUCUGGAGUAUCUCCCCUCCAGCUUAUACAUCCGAUUCCCUACCACAGCGACUACACGGUGCCCCAGCACGCCCCAGCACAUCCUGACCAUCGGCUACUCCUCACCAUCCUAUCAGGACUGGCCGGUCACUUGGGUCCGACGUGUCUCCGAGUACAAGCGUCCGCAGCGCAUUGUACCCGUCAGCGUGUAACUAGCGGUAUUCUGAAUAUUUGUUUUGGAUGCUUGAGCAGGAUUCGGAUUGGAUCGAAGACAAUAGACCCCUUGUAUUGCUUCACGUUGUGCGUUCCGGAACGAAGCACUUUCCAGCUUGUUUGUCUUUUGGUGUACCUGCACGCAAUUUCUUUAUUCACGAUGAUGACAAGAGCCACCCUAAAAGUACGCGAGCGUGGCAAGAGGGUUAAAACAAAAAAGUCGUCGGUGAGCUCUGGGAGGUGCCUGAUACAUAUUUUCCUGUCAUAUUCCUUGCAGGGCGGCUUAGCGAAACAAAAAAAAAAAAAAAGAAGAAGUCGAGAGAGGGAAGUUUCCCUGGGCGUUAGGUUGGAUUGGAAAAGAAAAGAAACCCACAGACAGGGUGGCAUCUAGAGGAGUUGCUACGUCUGGGUCAUUGCUACUACUCUCAAGGAAAUCAAUCAAUCGCGGUUUAUUACCACAAGUAACAUGAAGACAAAUGCACCAAUGGCCGCCUGUGUCACAAUCUGUGAGGAGCUGCUGGAGCCAGAAUCAGCUUCGGUCUAUACUCACCCAAGGGUUCGACUUCUCACGUCUACUUCACGUUGUCCGCUUCCACGGCACACUCACAAUCAUCACCUGUGGGGCGUCACCUUCUUGGACACCAGGAUAAUGAAUGUCUCGAUCGGUCAACGUGCAGCCACGAACAGGUUCUCAGCUCCGGCGGAUGUUUCUUGUAGGGCAAUGCCACUCCCAUUGCGUCAUAUCCAAACGAGAUCGCCGCGGCCGAGUCAUCAUCCUGGAGGCGAGCAGCCUUGGGCUAAGGCGUCUGUGAUCAGCCCCCGAGGACAUCGCUUUCCAGUGCGUUGAAGUCGAAGGGGGAAGGGUGGUCCGAGGGGCGAUACGCAUGUCUACCCAUCAGGCCCCCGCUGCCUACUUGGGGACUGGCACGAUCCACCUUGACGUACGAUCCCUCCGGUUCUGGGUGCCGUGGUGAUCUGCUUGGCGCGAGUGAUCUGAAUGAGUUCCGGGCCAGGGCGAAGGCGAUGUCGCGUGACGGCCUUCUAACGGUCCACUCGGGCCGGUUUGUUGCAGAAGCCCACCGUUUGUGCGUUGUUGCUGGCUGUUUCCCAUCGUUUCGUGGCUCAAGUGCUGGGUGUCUGUGUUCCAGAAGGGCUUCGUCGUAAUUAAUAGCACAAGCAGGGGCAAUCACGGUUUCUACCACAUAUACAGCCUAGGGAAG